AUGAAGGUUGUUCACUUCUAUAAAUUGUUCUUUCUAGGAAUGGAUGUCAAUGCCUAUCUCCACCGUGUCGGUAUUACAGCUACAACAGCGCCCUCUGUGGUAGCCUUGCGCGAGUUACACCGCCAGCACUUGCUAUCUAUUCCUUUCGAGAGCCUCAGUAUCCACUGCGGUGAGAAGAUUAUUCUGGACCAUGGUCUUCUGUAUGAAAAACUUGUAGUGAAAAGACGUGGGGGCUUCUGCUACGAAAACAACGGCCUUUUUCUUUGGGUACUUCAAGUAUUGGGCUACAAGCCACGUGUGCUGUCCGCCAAAGUAAAAAACACAUUUACGGGUGUGUAUGGCCCUCCGUUCGAUCACAUGAUUCUGACAGUAGAACUUGAGGGAAGGCAGUGGCUUUGUGAUGUAGGAUUUGGAGAAGGGAUCAGGGAACCUUUACCUUUAGAAGCAGGAUGGGAAGAGGAGCAGGAUAAUCUGGUGUACCGGCUACGAGAGGAUCAGGGAGAAUGGUUCUUGGAAACAAAUAAAGAUAGCAAUUGGAGUUCACUUUAUAAGUUUACUCUAGAAGCGAAGCACUUUGAAGAAUUUAAAGAAAUGUGUGAAUAUCAACAGACGUCACCCAGCUCCUUCUUCUUCUGCAAGUCUUUUUGCUCUCUCCAGCUGCCCCGGGGAAGGCUGACCUACAUGGGACACCGACUGAUCCAAACAGAGUUUACAGAAAAUGGUGAGGUGGUGAAGACUACGCAACAGCUCAAGGACGAUGAAAUCCUCGAUGUGCUUCGGAAUCGGUUCGGGAUUGUCUUAAGUGGAAAGUUUGUCCCAAAAGAUGAAGAAUUAUUACCUGCAACAUAUGAUUAA